AUGAAAUAUACUGAACACAGUAUUGAUCUUGAUCAUGAAGGUAAGGAUGAAACAUCGGCAUUGUUUCCCUAUCCAUUUACUUUUCGUACCCGGGAACAAUUACAAGAAUAUUUUGUCAAAGAACUAACUAAGAACCGAGUAGUAUAUGUUAUCAAGAUCGUGCUAGGAUCACUUACACUGGUCUUGCCGUUAUUAAAUGUGUUUAUGGUCUAUCGAAGUGUAGUUUAUCAACGGGAAGAUUUUGGGGAUACUUAUUCAACGUUUCAUUCCAUUAUAUUCUAUGGUGAAUUUACUUUGGUACAUGUUACAGUAUUUUUUGUUUUGAUUGAUUUCCUCUAUCAUAAACUCAAAAGUCGUCAAUCAUUAUUUUCGAAUAAAGGUGAAUGGGUGAACCUUCUCGAUGUCGAGUUUACUUUCAUGGCAUUCAAUUUAAUUAAAUUAAUUCCGAUACUCUCAGUGAAUAGUUUCAAUUUUAUUCUAACGGAGAUUUCCAUCUGUACGCCAAUCUUUUUAAAAUAUUCUCGGUCAGUUCAAGCAGUCACUUUCACUCUACUUACUUUAAUAAUAUCUAUUCAAGUGAUUAUCGUCCUUGCCUUACUUGUUCUUAUCAAUCUAGUUAAAGUCUACCAGGUGUCGUUUGUUGGCGAAACGCGAAAUCCAUUACUAUGGUCACAGAACCAAUGGUUAUUGUUUAUCGGUUUUGCCGCGAAUAUUAUCAACAUAACGGAUACGCCGACUAUCAGUCAGUUGUCAUUCAUGUGGACAUUAAUGAAUAAAACUUGGUCACAUGACGCAAAUAUGUGGUUUAUGGAUAAACUCGGAAGCAAACGAAAGAUUCAUAUCGUGAAUCAACUGUAUGAAAGACUUGGAUUUUUGAAAGCUUUUCUUUGGCUACGAACGAUGUCAGCUAUCGAUUUGCACUGUAUUGUACGUUUACCUCCACCACUCGAAGAGUCUUCUUCUCACAUGUAG